AUGAAGAUUCUGCCAUGGUCAUUGAUUUGCAUAUCCACAGCUGUUUUGCAACAAAUUGCAUCUGCUCAGAUCUACAGUAAUAACCUCAGUUCAUUGAAUGUAGCCAUUGGAGAGGAAUUAGACAAUACAGUGUUAAAUGCACCCAUGCUUCGUGCAUCCGAUGACGUACAACGAAAUAAUAUAAACAGCAUGGUCUUGUAUUGGGGCCAAGGUGAUUUUGGAGAAAAACGGCUUUCAUACUACUGCGAUCAAGAGGGCGUCUCUAUUAUAGCAAUUGGAUUUGUCGUUGAUUUCAUCGGAGGACCCAAAAAGUCGCCCAUUUUAAAUCUAUCAGAUAACUGCAACAAUGUGGAGAACUGCGUUGAAGCAGCACAGGAUAUCAAGUACUGUCAAAAGAAAGGCGUCAAAAUACUCAUAUCUGUUGGGGGUGCAGUAGGCCCUUACCACAAACAAAAUUGGGAUCCGGACCUUUUUGCUUGGUGGAUGUGGAACAAAUUUUUGGGCGGUUCUGAUACAACUGUUGCCAGACCCUUUGGAGAUGCUAUUCUAGAUGGUGUAGACUAUGAUCCAGAGUCUGUCGACGGCGUUGGCUACGAUCGCCACAUUGAUACACUUCGCCAGCUAUACAAGACCCAAUACCCACCUCGCGAAUACUUGAUUACAGCUGCACCGCAAUGUCCAGAUUUAGACUAUUAUUCUAAAAAUGCAGUAUACAACAUACUUCAUCCAGCACCCAAAUAUGAUGCCUAUCCAGACAUGGUAUUUGUUCAAUUUUACAACAACUAUUGCUCUGCUUCAGCAUAUCAAGCUAAAGGGACAACCAAAUUCAACUUUGAUGUGUGGGAUGUAUGGGCUCAACAACGUACCAAGGGGAAAACAAAAGUCUUCCUGGGUGUCUUGGGCAAGGACAAUCAUAUGGAUACUGGCUAUGUUACUUAUGAGAAGCUUACUGUAAUUUUGGAUGAUAUCAGACGCAGCAAAAGCUUUGGUGGUGUGAUGAUUUGGGAUGCGGGCUAUGCAUACUCCAACACGGUGCAGUACUUGAAUGGCCUUACAUAUGGACAAGCUACAUCUAAAUAUUUGGAGCAAUUAAGCAGUGGCAGUGCAAAGACAGCCAAGGCAUUCGAUAGCAUCAACAUGGCAUUCAAAGAGCACAAGGUCCCUGUUUUAGUCCCUCUUGACAGCAACAAUACUGAUUUACCCCCGCCACCUGUUCCCUGCUCUGGCCUAUCAUUCCUGCUACUACGCUCAGUCAGUGCCCGUGUGCUGGCAUCUGCUUUUGGGUCUUCUCCAGAUUCAGUGGACCAGCAUCUUGAAUCUAUCGGCAUGGAUGGCGAUGACCCCAUCAACCCAGGUUCUCGUAUUUGCUUAAUAUCCAACACCAACUCGAAUUCAGUUGUUAUUGGAUACGUCUAUAAUGCCUCUAUAAUUGAUGACCAGGACUUGUCUGGCUAUUACUCAUAG